GGGGCUACCUUUCUGGAGGUUUCUAAACUGAUCACGGCUUAUUUCUCCUCAUUUUUAUUAUUUUUUUAUUUCUUUCUUACUUGGAAUGGUAAACAUUUGAGAUGACAAAAAACUGUCAUAAAACAAUUACCUUUGUGGGUCUGUUCUUUUUAUUUCACGCGGCCUAUUCGGCAGCUCAGCACCGAAGCUACCUCAGAAUAACUGGGCAAGAAUUCACAUCAUUGCCAUUGGAUAUUCUUUUACAAGGUAUAGUCAGCCUGUUCAUAACCAUGUAUGGCGUGAUGUACAUUGCCGGUGAAUUCAAGGAGAUAAGGGCGACUGUCGAGUUACAAGCCAAAUCCUGGGAGACACAAAGGAACCUCCCAUCAUUCUAUAUCUUCAAUCACAGAGGAAGAGUUCUUUCUCCGGCUUAUAUACCUUCCCUUGAUGACAACUAUCUUUCAUAACAGUAACAGGUGUCAAUGGACCUUGAUUUUUAUAUAAAAUAUUUAAAAAAAUGUAAAUAAAACAUGAAGUUUUGAGUGUAUUAUUGAUGUUACAUGAAUUGUUUAGUUUAAUUAUCUCUGUUGUUUCUUUGUUUUGUUCUAUUUGUUCUUUUUUUUUCUUAUAUAAAAUUUGUAAUUUAGUAGAGUCCAUAAUUUCAAAAGACUAAAUAUUUAUAAAUAUAUUAGAUUGUAUUGUUUCACUGUAACAGUCAGAGAGCAUUCCCUGUUCACACCAAAGACAAAAAGUAUUGUUUAAUUUUUUAUUUAAUUUACAAUAAAUGAAAACAUAAACACGUUUUGGUCUUAAAGGUAAAAUUGAAUAUCAAAUUUAAGAUACAAUAAAUUUGUUUAAUUGA